AUGAAGAAGAUGAAAGAGGAAUAUAUCGGCGUCGCCUGCACGGUGUGUGGGGCUGGCGCCGAUGGGCUGCAUUAUGGCGCGGUGUCGUGCCGAUCGUGCAAUGCCUUCUUCCGGAGGGCUGUUAGUUACAAGCAGUACAACACCUACGAGUGCCGCUACAUUGGGAAAUGCGACGUGACGAAGUGUAUCGAGGCAGGCAUGAGGAUUGAAUCCGUCCAGCCCCGCCGCGAUCCAACUGGCUCCCAAAAAGAUCGAAAACGCAGAAUGGGAUCCGAGGAAGAGGACUCCUCCCCCGAAAUGCAAUUCAAAAUCGAGCCCGCCGACAGCCCGACCGACCAAAAGUACGAGCCGUACGUCAUGUCUCCGCCGCCCCCAAUCAAUAAUGCGUCGAAUGGGAUUGUCAAAUUCGCCAACGACGGCCCGAUGGAUCUCCUCCAGGGCAAGCCGUUUUUCGAGCGAUUUAACGAGAAUCGCUACAAAAACGCCGGCUCGAUUCGAGAGGUGCUCGACCUGCAUCACGAGGAUUACAAAAGAGCUGGAAUCCGAGCCACCAACGGCCUGGCCCCGCUCGAUAUUAGCUGCAUCGAGAAUGCAGCAUUCUCGCGGCCACCGCAACUCACCGAGGACGACCUGUUCGACGAGGCCCAGAUGGACCCAUCUGAAGUGUUCGAGCGGCUCCUCAUCUGUUACCGCGAACAUGUGGAACAUAUGAGGUUGAAUAUGCUGUCCGCUGAGGAAUUUUUGAAACCGAAGCAGCGCCGCGCCAUGGUCCCCGACGACGUCGAGAAUCUCAGCAAGGCCGAGUUGGCCGGUCUCAUGUACUGGCUGAACAAAAUGACGCCCUAUCCCUUGCUGCCGGAACCGGACCGGCAAGCCCUGAUGAAGCGUUUCUCGGUGCGAAAACUCAGUUUGGACCACUUUUACUAUGCUUCACAGCAUAAGACCGAACUCGUCCCCCGCAACUUUUGCAUGCUAAAUAACACCUUCGUCCCGGACGGUCGCACCGGAUUCGAGUUGAAAACCGACGACGAGAAGCAGGUCAAAGCCAAGCAACAAAUUUUCCGCCCCACGUACGACCGUAUGUGGCGUACCGUCAUCAUCCCGUUCAACAACAUGGAGAUUAUCGACGCCGAGGUCGUCUUCCUGCACGGACAACUGCUUUGGAGCCCGCUGAACAGCAUCCACGUGGAGAGCCAUACCCGAAAGGUCCUCCAAGAGCGCCGAGAGUGGUUUACGAACCGGCUGCACGAGUACUACCGCAACCGCGGACUCGACGAGGUCGACGCUGGGCUCCGGUUGGGAAACAUGUUCAUGAUGUUGUCCGAGAUUGAGACGAUCUGCAACCAGCAUUGCCACGACUUCCAGGUGUGCAAGCUGUUCGAGUUCUGCGACAUGAGCCAGUUUUGGUAUGAAAAGAUCUGCUACACCCCCGUCAACACGAUGGCGGUUAGCCAUCAGCAGGAACUGCGAGACGAAGCCAACAGGGCUGAUCAACAAGCCCUCAAAGACCGUCUCAUCCAGAUGCACGAGGAGAAGAGGCGGAAAGAUGAGGAGAUGCGGAUCCGGGCCAGCAUUCCCUUGCCCACAAUCGAAGACAGGACCUAUACUCACAAACUCAUCGAAACGCUGGUCAGCGUCGACGAAGACAGCGAGGAAGGGUUCGGUUUCGGCCCCGAAACCUGCUUCAUCUCUCCGCCCACCCCGAUGCAGAUGCUCAAUCCACCGCCGAAGGAGGGCGAGCCGGCUCGGAAACGGUCCCGGAAAACAACUGCGGAGAACGAGAAGACAAUGCCGUCUCUCCAGACCGCCAAUCUUCUAAAAACCGUACCGGUACACCAUCAAACCUUCACGGAGAAGAAAUACGAGCCCACCGAGUACAACUACUCGUUUGACCGCCCGCGCAUUGUGGAGAGCCAGGGCUCCCUCUCACCCCCGGAUCUGCAGAUGGAGUACAAGAUGAAGGACUACUUCAGCAAGGACAGCAAAAUCAAAAUCGCCGGCCCGGGCUUCAUCAAAAUGGACCAGAGCCAGCGGAUGAACGACAUCAAGGCGCUGAUUUACAACCCCGAUGGGGACCAGAUGGACAAGCUCGACAAGAAGCGCUCCCACUCCGUGGAGUUGCCCUCGUCGAGCGACACCUCGCCGGAAAGUAUCGACAUCCGCACCCCGCCCCCCAUGGAUUUUAUGAUGAUGUAUCAA